AUCAGAUGGAACUGCCAGUGAAUCCACCUCUCACUCCCAAGUGCUGUCCUCUGACGCUCACAUGAUUGCUUUUCCGGUGACGGCGGAGGAACACGACGCCAGCGCAACCGUCCAUACUUCAGAUGUCUACUCUCUCUACCCGUUUUGCCCGUCCUGCUGCUUCUAGUCGGGCGCUGGAUACAGUUUCGCGUCAGCGCCAGCCUCUCGUACAACACACGUCAGUACCUCGCACGCUCGAUGAACUACAUUCCGCGACACCUCUGCGGAGGAAGGACUGGAACGAGAUCCUCUUCGGCUCUCUGAGCUGCACAUGGUAACCCGCUCGAUUACAGUUUUUCCACCGUGCCAUUCCCUCCUUUUGCGAACCACAGGCAGCCGACAUGCGCAGAAAUGGCAACAAAAGUGCUUAGAGAGGCUGGCCCUUGUCACGAAUGAAGAAAUGAAGUUGAAUGUUCGCUGCUCGACGUGUUCCGCUGCUCUGCGCCGUAUAAAAGAUGAGCGCAGACGACCCAGAGUACUCAUCGAAGGUCUCCUUACCCACCGAUACUCAGUUCCACCAAGCCUUUCGACGAUGGUCCAGCUCAACCUUCUCGCUGCCGUGCUUUCUGCCCUUGCCCUCGUAUCGAGCGCCGCGUCCAUCAGCGGACCUGGCUCUGCCCGGGACCUCAGCAGUAUCGACAUCGUCACCACGCUGCCCGCUGGGGCCACCGCCUUCGGAUCGGACAACGACACGGACUGGACCGUCGCGUACGACAAGGACUUCAAGGCGCUCGGCCGCCUCAAGAACGAGGACUUCCAUGCGCUGAUCCACCCGGACGGCAACUCGACACAGCUGGCCGCUAGGAACGUCGCGCACGGUCGUCGUUGCACCGGGCUGUCUGUCGGCGAGCUCCGGAGCCUCCCUGUCUGGUCCAACCUCGACCACUACGUCAAGAACACACUUGCCUCCAGGGGCAGAUACAACGUCUGGACGAACUGGGACGGCUCGAACCGGGCCACGGCCUGCGUUGCUGACGACCACGUCUCCAUCGAACGCACGGGCAGAGCUCAGUGCAAGACCGGCGAGCGGACCUUCAACGGCAACCACGUCGGUCGCACCGGCGUCCUCAGACUUGAGGCCAUGACUGGAUCGGCCACCACGGUCAAGGAGUCUGUCACCAGAGCCGCGAGCAUCGGGUCGCGUUACACUGUUCCGAGCAUCGACUUCGACAUCCCGUGCAUCGGCGAGGCUAACUCGCCCUACCGCGAUUCCGCCUCGUUCAGCAACGAGCUCCACAAGGGCUUUGAGAAGACCAUCAGUAGGGAGAGCACCCGCUCUGUCGAUGUCCGCUCGGAGCCGGGAGACUACUGCAGCAUGAUCGUUGAAACCACCACCUGCCAGCAGGAGUCCCGUGGUCGUGUAGGCUUCGUGGCGGUUGGCUACGUGCGCUUUGGCUUCGACUCUCGCGUCAAGAACCACUCGUACUGGCACCUCCCUCUCGCCCGGGAGUCCGCGGACACGCGCACCUCGUACAUGGAGUUCACGGGCUCGAUCAACUCGCACGGAUAUGGCCGCUACCGUUCCGAGUGCCGCAAGUAGAGGCAUACACACGGACACUGGGACAUCACAUCGCCUUUGAUCUUUCUUUCUACUUCUACCAUGUACUUUGGACUGUGAUUUGAUAUGAAUGUUGUCUUGUGAGGGGACACUGUCCCUCUCACCCACCCGAGCCUGCGUCCAUCACCGAUCUCCUCUCCACCAUUCCCACCUUCAUGGACUGUGAGACGGCCGAGAAUAACCAGGGCUCGAUGGCAGCACGGUCCUCCAAUCACGAGUCUAUCUGCGGCACUGGUCGUUGUGCGUGGCAAGUACAAGCAGUGGGGAUGCUUGCGGAGCCAGCAAUCGAGUCGGACCUAGCAAGGCUUGUGGCACUUGUCUGCUUCAUUCCGUGUUACCUUGCCUUUGCGAUUGUUGGAGCAGAGGCAAAG